AUGCGCAACAUAAUGAAGCACCGUGGACCAUGGGGGCUCUACACGGGCUUCAGGCUUCAUCUCUUACGUGAUACUCUGGGGACGUCCAUCUACUUCAUGGUCUACGAAAGCUCCAAACAGCUCAUCACAACAUUCGGGGGAAACGAUCCUAACACGAACCGUGUGGCAGUUGUGGCAGCGGGUGGCUUAUGUGGGCUCGUAUCAUGGGCCAUGAUCUACCCAAUUGACUCCGCAAAAAGCAUCUACCAACGCAACGCCCUCUUGUAUUCGAAAGGUGAGAAGGUACCGGCACCGAGGAUCGAAUUCUUCAAAGGUCACAUGUAUCGCGGCUUGGGAGUAUCCAUGAGCCGCUCCUGUGUCGUCAAUGCCAUUUUCUUCUCGUCAUUCGAGUUCAUCAAGAAGCAUAUCAAGACAAUGGAUAACGAUAUCGCCUCCUGA